AAAUGAAGACGAGCUAACAACAAGCAACAGAUAACAACGGCAAAGCAGGCCAAACGUACGUUCGAAAUACGUUACAUUUUAGUGUGAGUUUACCUGUCGUCGUGUUAAGUUGUUUCGAGCGGAAACAGCGGCCGAAAUCAUUAAGUGAAACCAAUUGUGAAUUCUAAAGAAAAAUAAAUAAUAGCGGAUUAAAUAAGCAAAGAUCAUAAAUGAGCAGUACUAGGUUGACAUAAGGCUGGAACAUUAGCAACCUCUACAGGAAGCAAGGCAAAACUCGAAAUUCUUCUUCGUUCAUCAAAUUUCUCAGUGAUUUGAAAUUUUCUACACGACACAAAUUAAUGGUCAAUGAAGGGCAAUAAAAAUGGUGAUUGUAACACGCGGUGACUACAUCUGGAUAGAACCCGCCUCGGGUAGAGAAUUCGAUGUAGCCAUUGGUGCUCGUGUCAUUUCGGCAGAGGGUAGACGCAUACAAGUGCGCGACGAUGAUGGUGAUGAGAUAUGGCUAUCGCCGGAAAGGCGUAUCAAGGCCAUGCAUGCCUCUUCCGUACAGGGAGUGGAAGACAUGAUAUCUUUGGGAGAUCUUCACGAGGCUGGCAUAUUAAGAAAUCUACUCAUUAGAUACAAAGAGAAUUUGAUUUAUACCUACACCGGUUCCAUAUUGGUGGCAGUAAAUCCCUAUCAAAUCCUGCCCAUCUAUACGGCGGAUCAAAUCAAACUCUAUAAGGAGCGAAAAAUCGGCGAACUGCCACCACACAUCUUUGCCAUAGGCGACAAUGCCUAUGCCCACAUGAAACGCUAUCGCCAGGACCAAUGCAUAGUCAUAUCGGGCGAAUCGGGUGCGGGUAAAACGGAAAGCACAAAACUCAUUUUACAAUACUUGGCUGCCAUCAGCGGUAAACAUUCCUGGAUAGAACAACAAAUUUUGGAGGCUAAUCCCAUUUUGGAGGCAUUUGGUAAUGCAAAGACUGUAAGAAAUGACAAUUCUUCCAGAUUUGGCAAAUACAUUGAUAUACACUUCAGUGCCAAUGGCGUUAUUGAGGGUGCCAAAAUUGAACAGUAUCUGUUGGAGAAAUCUCGCAUUGUUUCUCAAAAUCACAGCGAGCGGAAUUAUCACAUAUUCUAUUGUAUUUUGGCCGGUCUUUCGAUGGAAGAAAAGAGGCGGCUGGAGCUUGGAAAUGCAUCAGAUUAUAAAUACCUAACCGGCGGUGAUUGCAUCACUUGUGAAGGUCGUGAUGAUACCGCCGAAUUCUCCGACAUACGCUCUGCCAUGAAAGUCCUACUUUUUACCGAUCAAGAAAUCUGGGAAAUUAUCAAAUUACUUGCAGCUUUAUUGCACUGCGGCAAUAUAAAAUAUAAGGCCACAGUUGUGGAUAAUUUGGAUGCCACCGAAAUUCCCGAGUACAUAAAUGUGGAAAGAGUGGCAGCCCUUCUGGGAUUGCCGCUACAACCGCUUAUCGAUGCCCUUACUCGCCGUACACUUUUUGCUCAUGGCGAGACAGUGGUCUCGACACUGUCCCGAGAACAGUCAGUUGAUGUACGCGAUGCGUUUGUCAAGGGCAUAUAUGGACGUCUCUUUGUACACAUUGUACGCAAAAUCAAUGCUGCCAUUUACAAACCAAGGGCCACUUCCCGCAAUGCAAUUGGCGUUUUGGACAUAUUUGGUUUCGAGAAUUUCGACCAGAACAGCUUUGAACAAUUCUGUAUAAAUUAUGCCAAUGAAAACUUGCAACAGUUCUUUGUGCAGCACAUCUUUAAACUGGAACAGGAGGAAUACAACCACGAGGGCAUCAAUUGGCAACACAUAGAGUUUGUUGAUAAUCAGGAUGCUUUGGAUUUGAUUGCCAUCAAACAGCUCAACAUUAUGGCUUUGAUUGAUGAGGAGGCCCGUUUUCCCAAGGGCACGGAUCACACAAUGUUGGCCAAACUGCACAAAACCCAUGGCACCCAUAAGAAUUAUUUGAAACCCAAAUCGGACAUUAACACCAGCUUCGGUCUGAAUCACUUUGCCGGUGUUGUAUUCUACGAUACCAGUGGCUUUUUGGAAAAGAACCGCGACACCUUUAGUCCAGAUUUAUUGCAUCUGGUAAGUCAGAGUAGCAAUAAAUUCCUGAGGCAGAUCUUUGCUCAAGACAUAGAAAUGGGCGCCGAGACCCGUAAGAGAACGCCCACAUUAUCUACUCAGUUCAAAAAAAGUUUAGAUGCUUUGAUGAAAACUCUUAGCUCCUGUCAGCCAUUCUUCAUACGGUGUAUCAAACCGAACGAAGUGAAAAGACCAAUGCUGUUCGAUCGCGGCCUUUGCUGUCGCCAGUUACGUUAUUCGGGCAUGAUGGAGACGAUACGCAUUCGCAGAGCUGGUUAUCCCAUACGCCAUGGUUUUAGAGACUUUGUGGAACGUUACCGAUUCCUUAUCCCUGGAGUACCGCCAGCUCAUCGCACCGACUGCCGUUUGGCCACAUCCCGCAUAUGUGCUGCAGUAUUGGGCAAAUCAGACUAUCAAUUGGGUCACACUAAAGUUUUCCUUAAAGAUGCUCAUGAUUUGUUCUUAGAACAGGAACGUGACCGUGUGCUGACACGUAAGAUUUUAAUAUUGCAAAGAACUAUUCGUGGAUGGGUUUAUCGCAGACGUUUCUUGCGCAUGCGAGCUGCAGCCAUUACCAUUCAGCGUUACUGGAAGGGCUAUGCUCAAAGAAAACGUUAUCAGCAGAUGCGAGUGGGCUACAUGCGUUUGCAGGCAUUGAUACGGUCACGAGUCCUUUCGCAUCGAUUCCGUCAUUUGAGAGGUCAUAUUGUGGGCCUCCAGGCGCAUGCACGUGGUUAUUUGGUUAGGCGCGAAUAUGGUCACAAAAUGUGGGCCAUUAUUAAGAUUCAGUCUCAUGCUAGAAGAAUGAUAGCAAUGCGUCGGUACAAGAAAAUGAAGGAGGAAUACAAGAAGUUUGCAGAAGUGUUGCAUUUACGAAAAUUGGAAGAACAAGAACUCAUGCACAAGGGUAACAAACAUGCCCGGGAGAUUGCUGAACAACAUUAUCGCGAUCGUUUGCAUGAGCUGGAACGCAGAGAAAUGGAAAAGGAGAUCGAAGAACGACGUCGAGUGGAGGUGAAGAAGAAUUUGAUAAACGAUGCAGCCCGCAAGCAGGAUGAACCUGUGGAUGAUGGAAAACUGGUGGAGGCAAUGUUUGAUUUCUUACCAGAUUCCAGCAGCGAAGCUCCGACGCCACAUGCCGGCCGAGAAACAUCGGUGUUUAAUGAUUUACCACAUGGCAACAGUGUUAAUCAAGAGGAUAUUAUCGGUCCCAUGCAUAUCUCCGAAGAUGAAGAAGAUUUGUCGGAAUUUAAAUUCCAGAAAUUCGCAGCUACCUACUUCCAGGGCAAUGUCAAUCAUCAGUAUUCCAAAAAGGCUCUUAAACAUCCCCUUUUGCCACUGCAUACCCAAGGUGAUCAGUUGGCAGCCCAAGCCUUGUGGAUAACUAUUUUAAGAUUUACCGGUGAUAUGCCUGAACCGAAAUACCAUACCAUGGAUCGCAUGGAUACGACAUCAGUAAUGUCCAAAGUCACAGCCACUUUGGGCAGGAACUUUAUUAGAAGCAAAGAAUUCCAAGAAGCUCAACUAAUGGGAUUGGACCCCGAAGCUUUUCUCAAACAAAAGCCACGCUCAAUCAGACAUAAAUUGGUUUCGCUCACGUUGAAACGUAAGAAUAAACUCGGCGAAGAUGUAAGACGCCGUCUGCAGGAUGAAGAGUACACUGCAGAUAGUUAUCAAUCAUGGCUCCAAUCUCGCCCCACCUCUAACUUGGAAAAACUACACUUCAUCAUUGGCCAUGGUAUUUUGAGGGCCGAACUUAGGGAUGAAAUCUACUGUCAAAUUUGUAAACAAUUGACAAACAAUCCCUUGAAAUCCUCACAUGCCAGGGGUUGGAUUCUCUUGUCACUGUGUGUGGGUUGUUUUGCACCCUCUGAGAAAUUUGUCAACUAUUUGAGAGCUUUCAUUCGGGAAGGUCCACCUGGCUAUGCUCCGUACUGUGAGGAACGCCUCAAGAGAACUUUCAAUAAUGGUACACGUAAUCAACCUCCAUCCUGGUUGGAAUUGCAGGCCACGAAAUCAAAGAAACCCAUAAUGUUGCCCAUCACAUUCAUGGAUGGCAAUACGAAAACCCUCUUGGCUGAUUCGGCAACAACGGCUCGGGAGUUGUGCAAUCAAUUGUCGGAUAAAAUCACUCUGAAAGAUCAGUUUGGCUUCUCACUGUACAUUGCUCUAUUCGAUAAGGUCUCCUCUCUGGGUAGUGGUGGAGAUCAUGUAAUGGACGCUAUAUCACAAUGUGAGCAAUACGCCAAAGAACAAGGAGCCCAGGAACGUAAUGCUCCCUGGCGAUUGUUCUUCCGCAAAGAAAUAUUUGCUCCCUGGCAUGAUCCCACUUUCGAUCAAGUUGCUACGAAUCUCAUUUAUCAGCAGGUGGUCAGAGGUGUAAAAUUCGGAGAGUAUCGUUGUGAUAAAGAGGACGAUUUGGCCAUGAUUGCAGCGCAACAAUAUUUCAUUGAAUAUGGCACCGAUAUGUCUAUGGAAAGACUCUUUACCCUGCUGCCCAAUUUUAUACCCGACUUCUGUUUAACAGGCGUCGAUAAGGCCAUCGAACGUUGGGCUGCCCUCGUGUUACAGGCCUAUAAAAAGUCGUACUACGUUAAGGAAAAAAUACAUUCGCUGAAGAUCAAGGAAGACAUUGUGAGCUAUGCCAAAUACAAAUGGCCUCUGUUGUUCUCACGAUUCUAUGAGGCAUAUCGCAAUUCUGGUCCAAACUUACCCAAAAACGAUGUUAUCAUUGCUGUUAACUGGACAGGCGUCUAUGUGGUUGAUGACCAGGAACAAGUUUUAUUGGAAUUGAGUUUCCCCGAGAUUACUGCCGUAUCCAGUCAAAAAACCAACAAAGUUUUCACCCAAACCUUUAGUUUGUCUACCGUUCGCGGAGAAGAGUUCACAUUCCAAAGUCCCAAUGCCGAAGACAUAAGAGACUUGGUCGUCUAUUUCCUCGAUGGUCUAAAGAAGAGAUCGAAAUUUGUCAUAGCCAUUCAAGAUUAUCGGGCCCCUUCGGACGGAUCUAGUUUCUUAUCAUUCUACAAGGGUGACCUUAUCAUUUUGGAAGACGAGAGCUGCGGAGAAAAUGUCCUCAACAAUGGUUGGUGUAUAGGUCGUUGCGAACGCACCCAGGAAAGGGGAGACUUCCCGGCAGAAACUGUGUAUGUUCUACCUACGCUUACGAAACCACCUCAGGAUAUUCUAGCUCUAUUUAAUGUGGAGGAAGCCCACCAUGGCAAACGCUUGAGUAUGGCAUCGAAUGGAGUGACAGAGCCCAGAGACCGACCACAUAACUUGAUGGAAUAUGCUUUGGAUCAUUUCCGUUUACCUCCCAAGCGAACAGUGUCAAAAACACUGACUUUGAGUUCAAAACGCUCUGAAGAAAUUUGGCGUUAUUCCAGAGAUCCUAUCAAGGCUCCGCUUCUCAGAAAAUUGCAAGCAAAAGAAGAGUUGGCCGAAGAGGCUUGCUUCGCUUUUGCAGCAAUUCUUAAAUACAUGGGUGAUUUACCCUCAAAACGGCCAAGAAUGGGCAAUGAAAUCACAGACCAUAUAUUUGACGGCCCAUUGAAGCAUGAAAUUUUGAGGGAUGAAAUAUAUUGCCAAAUAAUGAAGCAGUUGACUGACAACAGAAAUCGCAUUUCAGAGGAGCGUGGCUGGGAGCUGAUGUGGUUGGCCACCGGUCUCUUUGCCUGCUCUCAGGCCUUACUCAAGGAAUUAACUCUCUUCCUGAGAACCAGGAGGCAUCCAAUAUCACAGGACUCUUUGCAUCGCCUGCAGAAAACGAUUCGCAAUGGCCAGCGCAAGUAUCCACCUCACCAAGUUGAAGUGGAGGCCAUUCAGCAUAAAACUACUCAAAUAUUCCACAAAGUUUACUUCCCGGAUGAUACGGAUGAAGCUUUCGAAGUAGAUUCCUCAACCAGGGCCAAGGAUUUCUGUCAAAAUAUUUCGCAACGUCUAUCGUUGAGAACAAGCGAAGGUUUCUCGCUCUUCGUAAAGAUAGCCGACAAAGUUAUUUCAGUGCCCGAAGGAGAUUUCUUCUUUGACUUUGUGAGGCACCUAACGGAUUGGAUAAAGAAGGCCAGACCAAUACGCGAUGGUAGUAAUCCACAGUUCACCUAUCAAGUGUUCUUCAUGAAGAAACUUUGGACCAAUACAGUGCCCGGAAAAGAUCGUAAUGCCGAUUUGAUAUUCCAUUAUCAUCAAGAGUUGCCGAAACUUUUAAGGGGCUAUCAUAAGUGUUCACGUGAAGAGGCCGCCAAGUUGGCUGCUUUGGUCUAUAGAGUCCGUUAUGGUGAUAAUAAGCAGGAACUGCAAGCCAUACCACAAAUGCUGCGUGAAUUGAUACCCUCCGAUUUGAUGAAAAUGCAAAGCACUAGUGAAUGGAAGCGGGCAAUUGUUGCCUCAUAUAACCAAGAUUCCGGUAUGAGUUCUGAAGAUGCAAAAGUGGCGUUCCUUAAAAUUGUCUACAGAUGGCCCACAUUUGGAUCGGCCUUCUUUGAAGUAAAACAAACGACUGAACCUAAUUAUCCUGAAAUGUUAUUGAUAGCAAUUAAUAAGCAUGGUGUUAGUCUCAUUCAUCCAGUAACAAAGGACAUACUCAUAACUCAUCCGUUUACACGCAUUUCAAAUUGGUCAUCCGGCAACACGUACUUCCACAUGACCAUUGGUAAUUUGGUACGAGGCUCAAAGCUGUUAUGCGAAACAUCUUUGGGUUACAAAAUGGAUGAUUUGUUGACAUCGUACAUCUCGCUGAUGUUAACUAAUAUGAACAAGAAUCGCACUAUUCGCGCAAACUAAUCAAGUCUAAUCGAACUUUUCCUCACCCAUAAAAGUCUCUUAGACAACUUGAAAUUGUAUUGUUUUAUUUUUCGAAUUGUUCUUUACCACCAAAAUCGUGUCUUUUUAUCGUGUAGACCUCUCUUUUCGUUUUACUUAUGUUAUAAUUUAUGAUCAAAUUACACUUAAUUUAUACAUAUGUAUGUGUUAUUAUUUUCAAGCGUCUACUCUACCUAACUUUAUGGUCUAAAAUCUUAAAUAUUUUUAAUAUUUAUUUUUAUUAUUUUAUUUGUUAGUUUUUAAGUAAGGCAAUCGAAGCUUGGUAUAAAUACAUUAACUAACUUGUAUUUGUUUUUAACCAUUCUUUUUAAAUUCAGUAACACAUUUUUCGAAAUUUUAUAAUCUUAUAUAGUGUUUUUUCAAAUCGAAAUAUAAGAAAAAAUUAAAGGAAAUACAAAAAACCAUAGUAAACUAUAUUAGCCUUAAUUUGUUUUAAACAAUUUCAAAGACAUAAAAAUGAAUAUCAAGAAAGCGUUUUUUUUAAUUUACCGUAAAUAGAAAGAUUUGUAAUCAAUUAAAGUAUAUUAUUUAUACAAUAAAUAUAUAUUUAUAAUAAAAU